AUGCGAAUAAUUGAAUCUUUUGAGGACUAUACUGAUCCUGUUGAUAAUGUAAUAAAUGAAAUGCUUCUUCCAACACUUUUUGGUCAAAACGAACCACUACCUGAAGAGCUGAGUAGGCUUUUUACCUUAUCCCCUGCGGAAGGAGGCUUAGGGAUGCCUGCACUAAAAGAAGAGGCUCCACAGCAAUAUGCGGCAUCACUUCUAAUAACAGCUUCACACACUGAGGCUAUUAAAACGCAGAGCAAAACGAUGUAUACGACCACAGAAGAUACGUCAACGGAGUACUGGAACUUGAUCCUUUCCACAAAUCCAAGCCCAGGCCCCGCCUCACCUUUUGCAUUCGAUACCGUAUGGACCACUGCUCUUGUCAUGGACAAAGCAUUAAAAGACGGGCUAGCUCUAGAUAAUUUUACAUAUACUUCUCGCAUUCAUAUGAGAGCAUUUAGGACGGCGAUAAGAGAGCUAGUAUUCGAAGGAGUCUCGGGAACGAUUCGCUUUGAUAGUAAAAGAGAGAGACAGGGACACGUAGUAAUCAAACAGAUGCGCAACGCAAGCUGGGUUGAAGUUGGUCAACAUUUUACGUACCAAGAUAAACUUGAAUUUUUUGGUUCAAGCGAAGAGCAUCUCUGGCCAGGAAACCGUGUUCCCAUCGACCAGAUGAUCCGCAUUGACGACCUCCUCUUAAACCCCGUCACGCUUAUUGCUGUUAUAUGGCUGCUGGCCUUUGUGGGGGCCUUGCUCUCCAUUGUUUUUCUCUACUUUAAUAUUGUUUACAGAGAAAACAGAUCAAUCAAGAUGUCUUCCCCUCAACUCAAUAAUGUUAUCAUCCUAGGGUGUUUACUGUGUUAUAUUUCUGUAAUAUUGUUUGGGUUGGAUGGACGAUUUCUCUCACUUCACUCUUACGGUAUCAACUGUAACGCUCGAACGGCUGUGUUAUCUAUUGGCUUCUCGUUGGCAUUUGGCGCUAUGUUUAGUAAAACUUGGCGAGUACACAAGAUAUUCACUGCCGCUAAAACACUGAAAAAAAUGGCCAUCAAAGACAUCCAUCUGUUUGGCAUAGUAGCUGCUUUAGUCGUCAUCGAUGUCAUUUUUCUAUCUCUUUGGUUUGCGUAUGAUCCUCUACAAGCACACAAACUGAAGUUUAACUUAAUGGAAACAACCAACAAUGACAAGAUCUAUGUACCAGUCCUAUACCAAUGCACCUGUCAAUAUAAAACCUACUUCCUGGCCACUAUGUAUGUAUACAAGGGUAUACUCUUACUGUUUGGUCUCUUUCUGGCCUGGGAGACACGUAAUGUUACAAUAGCAGCACUAAAUGACUCCAAAUACAUCGGCAUGUCAGUAUACAACGUGGUGACGUUAUCGUGCAUUGGUGCUAUAGUAACUACAGCCUUGGAUAAUACCAUCCAUUACGAAGCUCCGUAUGCCAUAUCCUCUCUUUGUUUGAUUAUCUGUACGACAGCUACGCUGCUACUUGUGUUUGUACCCAAGGUGUACAACUUUGUCAUGGGGACAGACGAUCAAUCCUUCAACACCGCAACUAUGACUAACGGUGUGGCAACGACCAUUGGACGAAACCAGAGCCAUGCUUUCCGAUUUGAUUCCGACAACGGCACGAAAGCAACCCGAUACUCGACCAAGAGUGUGCAGACAGACCACCAUGAAGUUACUGGCAGUGCAGUAACCGAAACCUUCAUGUUGGACAACACCAAGGACUAUGACAACGUUAAUAUCAACAAAGGCUAUGAGAUUGACAUGGACGACAUUGAACUGAAAGAUAGUUCAUUGAUACCUAAGACACGAUAUGAUCAACAAGUAACAGACAAUGGACUAGUAACCCUGAUGCUUACAGAUAUGUAAAGCAUUUCUUGGUUUUAGUUAUGUAGAACACAAACUAAUACAGCAACCAAUAAUGGGUGUUGGAUACCUCUAGUCAGUCCCGGACUCACUUUCUGUCGGCCCCGGCAAUUCACUGAUCCCGGGCUUUUUUAGAAGUUUUCCAAAUUGAUUAUAAACAAACUCGAAUUCAGAAGGUUUUUUAGUUAUCAUAGAGGUUUUGCAUCAUCACGUGCUACGCCAAUAGAGAGUUUUAGAUUGAAUUUUUUUUCUCCCCGCAUACGGCGAACGUGACCACGUUUUCAUAGUUUCCCUGUAUUUUACU